ACAGAACCCAUCUGUGCAAAGGACAUCAGUGAUGAUUUGAUGAAAGGGUUUGCUUUUCUUUCUGGUGGCCGAGGGAAAGACAAGGCUUGGAUUAUCACCCUCCCCGACAACGCUCGCUUCAACGAGGUGCCUGAGGAGAUCGUAUCUAAAGUCUUAACGUACCUAACGUCAGUCCCCAGUCAACAUGAGUCUGACACCAAAUUUAUCCUAAUCCUGGACAGAAGAUUGGACACAUGGACAUCAGUCAAAAUGACUCUCCAAAAAAUAGCAGCAUCUUUCCCAGGGAACCUGCACUUGGUGAUGGUUCUCCGUCCCACGGGGUUCUUCCAGCGCACCUUCACUGACAUUGGAUUUCGGUUCAGUCAGGAGGAUUUUCUGCUCAAGUUACCGGUUGUUAUGCUGAGCUCAGUUAGUGACCUGCUGACAUAUAUUGAUGAACACCAAUUAACCCCCGAGUUUGGAGGCACCCUGGAGUACUGCCACAGCGAGUGGGUCAUCUUCAGGACUGCAAUAGAGAGUUUUGCACUCACAGUGAAGGAAAUUGCACAGAUGUUGCAGUCCUUUGGCAUGGAGCUGGCAGAGACUGAGCUUCCAGAGGACAUGUACUCAAUCGAGCGCAUCCUGGCCCUGCGCACCGAGAAGUACUACCAGCUCAAGGAAGAAAUUACAGCAGUCACAAAAGAAGGGAACUUGCUUUUGAGCAGUUUUGAAGAGCCUGACGUGGGGGAAUGCAGUCAGGACCAAGAGCAUGAGAGGCCUGGGGACUGGGAGACUGUGAAUCGGUUACUUGGUCAGCUGCAUGAGAUGGAGACUGCUUUUGAUGGCUUCUGGGAAAAACAUCAGUUAAAAAUGGAGCAAUACUUGCAACUGUGGAAGUUUGAGCAAAGUUUUCAAGAGGUCAAGAAUGCCAUUGAAUUUUUAAUGAGUCAGCAAGCAGAGCUGCCUGACACUGGUGACAGUGUUCCCCAAGUGAAACAGAGGCUCAAGGACUUGGCUCAUUUUGAUGGUAUGGCUCAGGAUCUGAUAGGGAAGGCUCAGGUGGUGAUACUGCAUGGACACCAGCUAGCAGCAAAUCAUCACUACGCACUCAACUUGAUCUGCCAGCAAUGCAACGAGCUGCGGCACCACUCCGAUCUCCUGUCUGACGAGAUCAAAAGGAAGCAGAUGCGGCUGCAGAAGACCUUGGAUCUUCAUACCCGCCUUCAGCAGGCUCUGCAGUGUUGUGAUGAAGGUGCCUACCUGCUCGCCAACCAGCAGAUGGACAAGUGCCAGUCUAAAGAAGGUGCUCAGAAAGCCCUCCAGGACAUAGAAAGGUUUCUUGAAAGCUCUUCAGCCUACUUAAACUAUGAUCCCCAAGCCCUACACUACGAUUUUGAGUCAGUCUUAACAUCUGAAUUGAAGUGCCAGAUACAGUCAGUGCAGGUCAAGCUUGAAAACGUUCGAAGCAUGUUUGAGAACCGUCAGUCUUGCUUCAAGAAGCUGCUGGAUAAACACGUGAGGCCUGUCCAGUUAGUAGCCCCUCGGCCAGAAAAUCCACCCAGAUCAAAAUCUCCAUUGUUCUCUCCUAAACAUGGUAUGGAUUUUAAUUCCAGUUUGAAAUUUUCCUUUGACCUCUCUCUCCCUGGGAAGAAAACAUCAAGAAAAACUCCAAGUUCUCGCAAGAUUGAAGUGAUGCAUGACUAUCAGGAAAAACGGAAUUCCUUGCAGUAUUUUAUUUCUGACAGUGAUGACAACUUAGACAUCCUAAAAGGCCAUGUCAUAAAUGAACUGAUAGAAACUGAGAGAGUGUAUGUAGAGGAACUCUUCACUGUGUUGACGGGCUACAGAGCUGAGAUGGAUAAUCCUGCCAUGCUCAUCCUCAUGCCUCCCGUGCUGAGGAACAGGAAGGAUGUCCUCUUUGGAAACAUGCCUGAGAUUUACGACUUCCACAACAAAAUUUUCCUGCACAGUUUGGAAAGCUGCCUGGGAGCACCCGAGAGAGUGGGAUGCUGUUUCCUAGACAGGCGAGAGGAUUUCCAGAUGUACGAGAAGUACUGCCAGAACAAGCCCCGGUCGGAGUCCCUGUGGAGGCAGUGCUCUGAGAGCACCUUCUUCCAGGAAUGCCAAAGAAAAUUAGAGCACAAACUGGGGCUGGAUUCCUAUUUGCUCAAACCAGUGCAGCGCCUGACAAAAUACCAGCUACUUCUGAAGGAGCUGCUAAAGUACAGCACGAGCUGUGAUGGAGUUCAGGAACUUCAAGAAGCUCUGGUUGCAAUGCUGGAUUUGCUGAAGUCAGUCAAUGACUCCAUGCAUCAGAUUUCAAUAACAGGAUAUGAUGGUGACCUAAGUGAACUGGGGAAGGUUUUGAUGCAAGGAUCUUUCAGUGUUUGGACAGGGCACCGAAAAGGUCCAACAAAGAUGAAGGAUCUUGCCAGGUUCAAGCCAAUGCAGAGGCAUCUGUUCCUGUAUGAGAAAGCCUUGGUCUUCUGCAAGAAGAGAGAGGAGCAUGGAGAUGGAUAUGACAAAACCUCAUCCUACAGUUUUAAGCAUUUUUUGAAAAUGAAUGCGGUUGGAAUAACUGAGAACGUGAAAGGAGACCACCGGAAAUUUGAGAUCUGGUACAGUGGGCGAGAAGAGGUCUAUGUGGUACAGGCUCAAACAGUAGAUCUGAAGAUGGCAUGGCUGAAUGAAAUCAGAAAAAUUCUGUUCAAGCAACAGGAGCUCAUAAAAGUGGAGAAGCAGCAGCCCAGCUUGUGCGUGGACCAGCUCCCCCUCUCAUCCCAGCUGAGUGAUGGAAAGCAGCAGAGAGCCUCCAUCAGCUCAGAGGAGAACGACUCGGAGCGCACCAGCCCGGUGAUGCUGGACAGUGGGCUCGUGUCACCCCAGAACAAGCCCCACAGAAGCUGGCCAGGAAUGUCACAGUCCCUGGAAAUCUGCGAGGGGCUGGAGGAGUGGUCAGGUAACCAGUACCUCUCCAACUGCUCGGACACCGAGGAGGAGGAUGGGAACCAGCUGUCUCCAGGAAAAUACAAAGCCCUUGCAGACUGCAAGAGGAGAGGAUCAGAGGACCUGCUGGUGAAAAACGGGGAUGAAAUUCAACUUUUGCAUGAAGAUGGUGAGGGACAGUGGUUGGUGAAAAACCUAAACAGAAGAAAAGAAGGCUGGAUCCCUGUCCACAGUCUGCAGAUCGUAGUGGGUGACUGCAGAUUUCGGAAUGCCAAAGUCGCAGAUGCUGCCCUGUGUAACACGAGAAAGUUCAGUUCCCCUUGACUUAAGGGUGAACUGGUAGCAUCCUAUUUUCGAUGCUCUUUGGAAGCUUUCAACUAAGUGUUACAGAGAAAUAGCACAAUAGUUGGAGUUGUCCUGUACCUAUUCAUCACAUUCACAGACCUCCACAGCUUCAUCUGCACUGAACGGGACCGGGGUCCUGAGCAGCUUCUCAUAGUCAUAAAGGAAGCCAUUCUCUGCUCUUUCUGUUGGUUUUGGGUUUUAUUUGCUCUGGAAAAGUACAGUAUUUUGUUAUUACUUUUACCUGCUGUUUUUUUCCAUGACAUCCAUCACGUUUUCAUCAGAGAAGUACACUACAGUUUCCUGAACACUUUGUUUAGAUGCUUGAAAUUUUCCUCUGCAGGUUGAAGGCUUUACCUACUUAUUAGCUGACAGCUCUUGAAGUUGCAAAUAAAAGAGCUGAGUUUUGGUAAACCAAAAAAACCAACCAACCAACCAACCAACCAACCAAAAAAAAACCCAACCAAAAAACCACAACCAAACCCACAACGCAACCAACCAACACACCAAACAACCAAAAACCAAACAAAGGAGCUGUAUGUCCUGCUUGAUUGAUUUUUAUGAAUGGGUUUUUCUUAAGUAUCUCCUUCAGCUAUGUGAAUGUAAUGUUCUGUAAGAGCAUCAUCUGGCUGACUCACGUGUGACGAUGCAAUAACACUAAAGAUCCUCUCUUUGCACUUCGGGUCUGACUCCAGCCCACUGUGGUCGGUCCCCACUGAACUGCGGUGAGGCUUGGAUCAGAUCAAACUGACAACUCAGGGUUGUCACCAAUCACUUAGGGGUCCCAAAGCGUCCCAAAGCUGAAACCUGUAUCUAGCAAGUGUUGAAGUUUACAUUAAAUGUAUGUACUUUUUGGAACACGUGCCAUAAAUCCCAAUGAAAUGUCCAUGUUUGCACUAAGGAUGUUCUUGUGGCUUAGGACUGUACUUUUCAGCAUCUUUAAUAAUGCAUCUCUUGCAUUUGUUUUGAGACAGAAGAAGGGGACUAUUGGAGACUCAUUGUUUGAGGUUUUUUUUAUGUUUCUCUGUCUAGUUUUGCUUUUGUAGCAUGUAGGCACAGGUGGUUUGACUUUUAAGCAGAUGUGUGCAAAGAGCACCUGGCUGUGGUGAGAGCAGGGUUUGUUAGUAUGCAUGCGGUAGUGGAGUUGCUCUGUCCCAUCACAGUGGAACCUUUUAUACCAUGGACUAAAGGGGGACCUUCAUUUGUGAAACACAGAUUCUUAGACACAGUACCAAGCUGUUAAGUUAAAACAUACUGGGGUGGGGGGGGUUUUUUUGGUGACUGUUUUUUGUCAGACUUCGUGCUGGCUGUGGUUGCCUGGGGGCUUCCCCACCACACCGGUGGACGUUUCUCCAGUUCGAGUGGCCGGUGUUGCAGAUAACACCUCAAAACCCUGACCAGCUGAGCAAUGCUGCGAGAUCCCAGCUACCUGGCAAUCACAGCAGAGAGGUUUUUAAGUCACUGAAGGUUAUUUCUGUCUACUUUUAAACUGGUCACAAUGCACUUGCUGGGGGGUGGGGGGGAAGGGGAGAAUUAGGAGUCUCUUAAGUUACUGUUUAUAAGUGGCAACGAUUCUUGUGGGAAGGGUACACCUUUUGAGGUACCAGCUGUAUAUACUUGUCUCAGACAUAGCACACAUUGCAUAUUACAUGGGUUUAAUCUUUCCUCUUCCUUUUUUUCUUUUGUUUUUU